AUGGUCAGGCCCUCAGUCUCUCUGCUUCCCCCCUCCUCUGAGCAGCUCUCUGGGGCCUCGGCCACGCUGGCCUGCCUGCUGAGCGGCUACGCUCCUCAGGGAGCCGUGGUAAGCUGGGAGGUGGACGGUACAGAGGUGACAGAGGGGGUCCUGAGCAGCUCAGAGGAGGAGAAGAGCGGACGCUACAGCAGCAGCAGCACCCUGAGCCUGAGCCAGGAGCGCUGGAUGAAAGGAGAGCUGUACUCCUGCAGGGUCCUCCAUCAUGACCACAGCCAGAUCCAGUCCCUCCGCAGAAUGCAGGAGGUUUUUGUACGGCCACUUAAUGAGUUUGUAUCACUGUGGUGGACUUUUGGUGGAGGAACCAAACUCACCGUUGACUUGGGUGUGGUGCGGCCCACCCUGACCGUCCUCCCCCCCUCCAAAGAGGAGGUGCAGCAGGGCAGUGCCACACUGCUGUGUCUGGCCAGCGGGGGCUCUCCCUCAACCUGGAGGCUGGACUGGAAGGUGGGGGGCUGCAGCAGCUCCUCAGAGGUGUCACACAGCCCGGAGGUCCUGGGGAGGGACGGCCACUACAGCUGGAGCAGCACCCUGAGCCUCUCUGCAGACCGCUGGAGGAAGGCGGGCUCAGUGAGCUGUGAGGCCAGUCUGAAUGGACAGACCCCUGUCACUCAAAGCCUGGACCCUGACCGCUGCUCAGAGUAGAGCUUCAGCAACACUUCCUGUCUGGAAAUGAUGCUUCUUUUUCUUUGCUCCAGAUCUUGAUGAAGCUACAGAUCUUCUCUGUUCAGCUGUUUUAAUGUGCAUGUUGCUUUCUAACACUGAUCUUCUUCAUAUUCUGCUUUAUGUUCAUUACUUUUCAAAUGAAACUGAAUUUUAUGAC